GAGGGCGGGGAGGGCGCGCGACGGUCGGACGCGAUGGCGGGAGGAGGCGGGAGCAGCGACGGCAGCGGGCGGGCUGCGGGCCGACGGGCAUCCCGUAGCGGCGGUCGGGCCCGGCGUGGGCGCCAAGAGCCGGGGCUGGGGGGCGCCGCGCAACGCGGCGCGGGGGAGUCGCGAUUGGAGGAGGCGGUCAACCGCUGGGUGCUCAAGUUCUACUUCCACGAGGCGCUGCGGGCCUUUCGGGGUAGCCGGUACGGGGACUUCAGACAAAUCCGGGACAUCAUGCAGGCUUUGCUUGUUAGGCCCUUGGGAAAGGAGCAUACCGUGUCCCGACUGCUACGUGUUAUGCAGUGUCUGUCGCGCAUUGAAGAAGGGGAAAAUUUGGCUGUCAUUAUUUGUAUCAAAAACAAAGAAUUUGAAAAGGCUUCAAAAAUUUUGAAAAAACAUAUGUCCAAAGACCCUGCGACUCAGAAGCUGAGAAAUGAUCUCCUGACCAUAAUCCGUGAAAAGAACUUGGCCCACCCUGUUAUCCAGAACUUUUCUUAUGAGACUUUCCAGCAGAAGAUGCUGCGCUUCCUGGAGAGCCACCUGGAUGACACAGAACCCUACCUUCUCACGAUGGCCAAAAAGGCUCUGAAAUCUGAGUCUGCUGCCUCAAGUACAGUGAAGGAAGACAAACAGCCAGCAUUAGAACCUGUGGAAAAGCCACUCAGAGAACCUGAAAGGCACCUACUGAAUACUCCAACCACCAUUGGAAUCAUGACUCUGAAAGCAGCUUUCAAGGCUCUGUCCGGUGCACAGGAUUCUGAGGCAGUUUUCUCAAAAUUAGACCAGAAGGAUCUAGUACUUCCUAAUCAGGUGUUCUCACCUUCACCAGCCCUCAAAAACAAGAGACUGAGAAAAGAUGAAAAUGAGAGUUCAGCCCCUGCUGAGGGUAGCUCUGAACUGCAGCCCAAGAACAAGCGCAUGACAAUAAGCAGAUUGGUUUUGGAGGAGGACAGCCAGAGUUUGGGGCACAGCUCUCCCCAGGAAGUCAUUCCAGCAUCACCUUCCAAGCCCACCGUUCUCAACCAACCUCUCCCUGGGGAGAAGAAUCCCAAAGUACCCAAAGGCAAGUGGAACAACUCUAAUGGAGUUGAAGAAAAAGAGACUUGGGUAGAAGAGGACGAACUGUUUCAAGUUCAGGCAGCACCAGAGGAAGAAACUGCAACCAGUAUGACAAGAAAACAGAAGUGGACUGUAGAAGAAAGCGAGUGGGUCAAGGCUGGAGUGGAGAAAUAUGGGGAAGGAAACUGGGCUGCCAUUUCUAAAAACUACCCAUUUGUUAACCGAACAGCUGUGAUGAUUAAGGAUCGCUGGCGGACCAUGAAGAGACUUGGCAUCAACUGAAACAGGCUUUCAUUUCCACAGAAUGAACAGGAACAUGGUUCCUAUUAAUAGCCCCUGAUAGUGUGCUGUUUAUUUCAGAAGCUGAGCUGAGCUGAGAAUUCCGGCCUCCUUCCAUGUGGGGGAGGUCCCAGUUCCAUUUCAGUGCUGUUGGAGAUAAAGCCAAGCCAAGCCCACCCCCAUGUCCUUGGCAGACAUGAAAGCCACACAGCUUAUAUAGUGCCAGGACAUCAUUGAUGUUUCUCUUCUUUAGUGAUUUGCUUGAAUUUGAAGCCCUGGUAAUCUGUAGAACCGUCUCCUAGGAAAUGGUGGAGUCUAUUAGGAGCGACAUAUGACUUCAUGACCUGUCAAAACCAGCAACAAAAGCAUUAUUUGGAGAAGUUGUUCCAGGUAAAGGUUUGGCCUUCUGAAGCAAAUGCAGAGGAACUUCGUCUGAGCCCAGGCUGAUGAUAGAUCAGUCUUUGUGGAAUCAGAGUCCCUUUUAGCCAGAUGUGACAUCCACACCUAGACCUGAUGCCUUGGCAUUUUCUCUUAAUUGCUGGGCACAGUUCCCAUGUGGUUGAACCACUGUGUUUUUUGGUAAAACGGUGAUUGUAGAUAAGCUUAGCUUCCCACUCCCACUCUCCUCAAAUCCUCCCUUCUCAAUUUCCUUCCAUUCCUCAUGUUGGACUUUUAAAGCUUUUAAAAACAAAAAACAAACAAACAAAAAACCCACAAAAAACCCUGAUUGAAUAUAAAUGCCUAAUUCCAUUCUUUGUGAAAUGGUUGCUACUGCCUGAUUCCCUAAUUGUGCUGUGUUAGUGUCUUGCACUGGAAUUCAACAUUCCCUUCUCCUUUUGUACUGUGUUGUGCUUGCUGUCUCUCUUGGAUAUCCUUGAAGACUGUCUUUUUAGCAAAAAAAUUCAGUAAAGUGUUUUCUGUAAUCUUUUUUUAAAAUAUGAGAACUAACUCUUGUCCAUAACUUGUAGCAUUCUUCAUUAAAGUCAUGCUUCUCUCCAAAAAAAAAAAAAAAAAAAAAAAAAAAA